UAUCGGGAAUAGACACACAAAGACAUGCGCACUCAACUUAAUCAGCCAUUUUUUUAAACAGGGCUAAAACGAUAAUAAUUAGCAGAAUAAAGACAUAUCGGAUUUUCAUUUCCUUUCCUCCUUUUCCCAACCCCUUCACAACCAAACAGCGAGACCGCGGCGGGCACAUGCUUUAACUCCUCCCGGACCCCCGAGGACCGCUCCAUGCCCCCCACUUUCUGCUCCAGCGUUUUUAUUUUCACCCAAUAAAGUUCGAGGAUUAUUUUUUUAUUUUUUUAUUUUUUAUUUUUUUUUUAAUGAACCCUCUCGUUUUACUUGGAUGUGAUCAGCUGUAAGUAAAAUAAAAGCAAAACAAAAAAAGAGGCGAAGAUCGCGUAGGAACUGCAGGGGAAAUGGAAAGUCCCUGACAGGCUGGAUGAAAUGAGAUCCCCAUGUAGCGAUUGCCAUGGAAACCUGUGACUCCCCUCCUAUCUCAAGGCAGGAAAAUGGGCAGAGCACGUCAAAGCUGUGCGCAGCGACACAACUGGAUAAUGAGGUGCCAGAGACAGGGGCAGGCAUGGAGCCUGACAGGGAAAGCAGCUCCGCCGAUGGCAACCUGAGCGCCCAGGAGCCGCGCGCCCAGGACGGCUCGCUGGGCCUGGGCCUGGGCCUGGGCCUGGGCGGCGAGCAUGCGGCGGCGGCGGCCGGGCAGGUGGCCGCGGCCAAGGAGAUCCCCUGCCACGAAUGUGCCGCCUCCUUCCCCAGUUUACAGAAGUACAUGGAGCACCACUGCCCCAACGCCCGCCUGCCCGUCCUGCGGGACGACAACGAGAGCGAGGCCAGCGAGCUGGAGGACAGCGACGUGGAGAACCUCACGGGGGAGAUCGUUUACCAGCCCGACGGCUCGGCCUACAUCAUCGAGGACUCCAAAGAACGCGGGCCGGCCGCCCCGCCGGGGGCCCCGGGCCAGCUCUUCUCGGCGGCCCGGCUCCUGGACUCCCUGGCCGCGGCCGGGGACCAGGGCGAGCCGGCCGCCGCCGCCGCCGCCCCGCUGCCCUUCUACCCGCAGAUCAUCAACACGUUCCAUAUCGCUUCAUCCCUCGGGAAACCAUUGACAGCCGACCCGGCUUUCCCAAAUACCUCAGCGCUCGCAGGCGUCGGGCCUGUGUUGCACAGCUUCCGUGUCUACGAUCUCCGGCACAAGCGAGAGAAAGACUAUCUCACCAGUGACGGCUCGGCCAAAAACUCCUGUGUGUCCAAAGAUGUCCCCAGCAACGUGGACCUGUCCAAGUUCGACGGCUGCGUGAGCGACGGCAAGAGGAAGCCCGUGCUCAUGUGCUUCCUGUGCAAGCUGUCCUUCGGCUACAUCAGGUCCUUCGUCACCCACGCGGUGCACGACCAUCGGAUGACCCUCAACGACGAGGAGCAGAAGCUGCUCGCCAACAAGUGCGUCUCCGCCAUCAUACAGGGGAUCGGCAAAGACAAAGAACCUCUCAUCAGCUUUCUGGAACCAAAAAAAUCCACUUCUGUGUAUCCCCACUUUUCUACUACAAACCUCAUGGGCCCCGACCCGACCUUCCGCGGCCUCUGGAGCGCCUUCCACGUGGAGAACGGCGACUCCCUGCCGGCCGGCUUCGCCUUCUUGAAAGGCGGCCCGGGCCUGUCGGCGGGCCCCGCGGAGCAGCCGCUGGGGGUCACCCCGAUGCCAAAGGCGGACGUGAACCUGGGGGGGCUGUCCAGUCUCGUCGUGAACACCCCGAUUACCUCUGUCUCCCUCAGCCACCCAUCGUCGGAGUCCAGCAAGAUGUCCGAGGGCAAAGACCCAGAGAACAACUGUGAACGGCCCCAGGGGAGCCCCGCGGGGCCCCCCGGCGGCGAGUGCCCCGUCAAACGCGAGCCCCCCGAGGCGGGCGGGGACGAGGACGAGGAGGACGCCUACUCCAACGACCUGGACGACGAGGAAGGGUUAGGCGAACUCACCGAUAGUAUUGGGAGCAAAGAUUUCCCUCUCUUAAACCAAAGCAUUUCUCCUUUAUCCUCCAGCGUGCUCAAAUUCAUCGACAAGGGCCCCUCGUCCUCCUCCGCGCUGGGCCCCGACGACCCGGAGAAGAAGAAGCCGGCGGCCGUCCGGGCCCAUCCCUACGGCCUGGGCGCCAAGGACUUGGCGGAAGCAGGUGCCGGCAAAGAGGGCGCCGCGGCCGCCCACCCCGGCGACCCGGGCCGGGGCGACGAGGACAGCGCGGCCCCCCCGCACCAGCACGGCUUCGCGCCCAGCGCGCCCGGCACCCCGGGGCCCGGAGGGGACGGCUCCCCCGGCAGCGGCAUCGAGUGUCCCAAGUGCGACACGGUGUUGGGGUCCUCGCGGUCUCUGGGCGGCCACAUGACGAUGAUGCACUCCAGGAACUCCUGCAAAACCCUCAAGUGUCCCAAGUGCAACUGGCACUACAAAUACCAGCAGACCCUGGAGGCCCACAUGAAGGAGAAGCACCCUGAGCCCGGCGGCUCGUGCGUGUACUGUAAGACCGGCCAGCCGCACCCCCGGCUCGCCCGGGGCGAGAGCUACACGUGCGGCUACAAGCCCUUCCGCUGCGAGGUGUGUAACUACUCGACCACGACCAAAGGCAACCUCAGCAUCCACAUGCAGUCGGACAAGCACCUGAACAACGUGCAGAACCUGCAGAACGGCACCGGCGAGCAGGUGUUCGGCCACGCCGCGCCCGCCCCCAACGCCAGCCUCAGCGGCUGCGGGACCCCCUCCCCGUCCAAACCCAAGCAGAAACCCACCUGGCGCUGUGAGGUGUGUGACUACGAAACCAACGUGGCGAGGAACCUCCGGAUUCACAUGACCAGCGAAAAGCACAUGCAUAACAUGAUGCUCUUGCAGCAGAACAUGAAGCAGAUCCAGCAUAACCUGCACCUGGGCCUGGCCCCGGCCGAGGCGGAGCUCUAUCAGUACUACCUGGCCCAGAACAUCGGCCUGACCGGGAUGAAGCUGGAGAACCCUGCCGACCCCCAGCUGAUGCUCAGCCCCUUCCAGCUGGACCCGGCCACGGCGGCCGCCCUGGCCCCCGGACUCGUAAAUAAUGAGCUGCCGCCUGAAAUCCGGCUUGCCAGUGGUCAGCUAAUGGGUGAUGACCUGUCCCUCCUUACUGCAGGAGAGCUGUCACCUUAUAUCAGUGACCCGGCACUGAAGCUAUUCCAGUGUGCUGUGUGCAACAAAUUCACCUCUGACAGCCUGGAGGCCCUGAGCGUGCAUGUGAGCAGCGAGCGCGCUCUCCCCGAAGAGGAGUGGAGGGCUGUAAUUGGAGAUAUCUACCAGUGCAAGCUCUGUAACUACAACACGCAGCUCAAAGCCAACUUCCAGCUCCACUGCAAGACCGACAAACACAUGCAGAAGUACCAGCUGGUGGCUCACAUUAAAGAAGGAGGCAAAAGCAACGAGUGGAGGCUCAAGUGCAUCGCCAUUGGCAACCCCGUCCACCUGAAGUGCAACGCCUGCGACUACUACACCAACAGUGUGGAUAAGUUACGCCUGCACACCACCAAUCACAGGCACGAGGCGGCCCUGAAGCUCUACAAGCACCUGCAAAAGCAAGAGAGUGCGGUCAAUCCGGAGUCCUGCUAUUACUACUGUGCCGCGUGCGAUUACUCCACCAAGGUCAAGCUGAACCUGGUGCAGCACGUGCGCUCGGUGAAGCAUCAGCAGACCGAGGGCCUGCGCAAACUCCAGCUCCACCAGCAAGGCCUCGCCCCCGAGGACGACAACCUCGGCGAGAUCUUUUUUGUGAAAGACUGCCCACCAAGUGAGCUCGAAUCUGCCUCUUUGGGAGCCAGGACCUGUGAGGAUGACCUGUCGGAGCAGCAGCUGAGGGUGACCUCAGAAGAGCCAAGUGAGGAGGCAGAAGGACCUCUUAAGCCGACACCAGUGGCCGAGGAGGAUGAGAAAGACACAAAUGAGAGAGACCCUGGUGAAGGCAAAAACUCCUCCAGCAAAGACCCCGGAAUAAUCACACCAGAGAAGGAGCUAAAAGUCAGUGUGGCGGGUGUGACCCCGCCACUCCUGCUGGCAAAGGAAGAAGAUGUCACAACAAAACGAUCGAAAGCUACAGAGGACAAUAAAUUCUGUCACGAACAGUUCUAUCAGUGUCCUUAUUGUAACUACAAUAGUAGGGACCAAAGUCGCAUCCAGAUGCACGUCCUGUCACAGCACUCGGUGCAGCCGGUCGUCUGCUGUCCCCUCUGCCAGGACGUCCUCAGCAACAAGAUGCACCUGCAGCUGCACUUGACGCACCUGCACAGCGUCUCCCCGGACUGCGUGGAGAAGCUGCUCAUGACAGUGCCUGUGCCCGAUGUGAUGAUGCCAAACAGUUUGCUGCUGCCCGCAGCUGCCUCCGAGAAAUCAGAGCGGGACACACCUGCGGCCGGCACAGCCGAGGGGUCGGGGAAGUACUCAGGCGAGAGUCCAAUGGAUGACAAAAGUAUGGCAGGUCUUGACGAUGCAAAGGCCAGCGUGGAAAUAAAGAGCGAGGAGCAGAAACCAGCUAAAGAAGCCAUGGAUGUGUCCGAAUGGAACAAAAGUGGCAGCAAGGAUGUGAAAAUCCCCGACACCCUACCAGAUCCACUCAGUGAGCAGCAGAAGCCGCAGCCGCUGUCGGUUUCCGACCGCCACGUGUACAAGUACCGCUGUAACCACUGCAGCCUGGCCUUCAAGACGAUGCAGAAGCUUCAGAUCCAUUCCCAGUACCACGCGAUCCGGGCCGCCACGAUGUGUAAUCUCUGCCAGCGGAGCUUCCGUACAUUCCAGGCUUUAAAAAAACACCUGGAAGCGGGCCACCCCGAGCUGAGCGAAGCCGAACUCCAGCAGCUGUACGCCUCCCUGCCCGUGAACGGAGAGCUCUGGGCCGAGAGCGAAGCCCUGGCCCCGGACGACCACGCCCUGGAGCAGGAAAUGGAGAGGGAGUACGAGGUGGACCAGGAGGGGAAGGCGAGUCCCGUCGGGAGUGACAGUAGCUCCAUUCCUGAUGACAUGGGCUCUGAACCAAAGCGGACCUUGCCCUUCAGAAAAGGGCCCAACUUUACGAUGGAAAAGUUCCUCGACCCUUCCCGCCCGUAUAAAUGUACAGUGUGUAAAGAGUCCUUCACCCAGAAGAACAUCCUCUUGGUCCAUUAUAAUUCCGUUUCUCAUCUGCAUAAGUUGAAAAAGGUGUUGCAGGAGGCCUCCAGUCCCGUUCCUCAAGAAACCAGCAGCGGCGCCGACAACAAACCCUACAAGUGCAGCAUCUGCAACGUCGCCUACAGCCAAAGCUCCACCUUGGAAAUCCACAUGCGGUCGGUGCUCCACCAGACCAAGGCCAGGGCCGCCAAGCUGGAGCCCGGCGGCCACGGCCUCGCAGCCAGCGUGGGCAGUCCCGGCCCAGGGAUGUUAGAGUCCAUGAGUUUAGCCUCCGUCAGCAGCAAAGAUACCCACUUAGAUGCCAAAGAAUUAAAUAAAAAGCAAACGCCGGAACUCCUCUCCGCUCAGCCUCCGCACCACCCGCCGCAGUCACCAGCACAGAUUCAGAUGCAGCUCCAGCACGAGCUGCAGCAGCAGGCGGCCUUCUUCCAGCCGCAGUUUCUCAACCCCGCCUUCCUGCCGCAUUUCCCCAUGACCCCCGAAGCUCUGCUGCAGUUCCAGCAGCCUCAGUUUCUCUUCCCUUUCUACAUCCCGGGCACGGAGUUCAGCCUGGGGCCGGAGCUGGGCCUGCCCGGCUCUGCCGCGUUCGGGAUGCCCGGCAUGACGGGCAUGGCCGGAUCCUUGCUCGAAGACUUGAAGCAGCAGAUUCAGACCCAGCAUCACGUCGGCCAAACCCAGCUGCAGCUCCUGCAGCAGCAAGCACAGCAGUACCAGGCCGCGCAGCCCCCGCUGCCGUCUCAGAAGCCGCCCCCCCAGCAGCAGGUGCCGCAGCCGGCCAGCAAGCUCCCAAAACCCGACCCGGCCAGCCUGGCGGGGGCCGACGGCCCGGCCGCCAAGGAGGGGCCCUCUUACAAGGAGGCCGAAGAGAGUGCGGAAAAGCAAGACAAACCAAAGCCAGAAUUUACCAGCGAAGGGGAAGGACUCAAAGAAGGCAAAGACUCCAAGAAGCCCAAGUCCCUGGAACCAGCCAUCCCGCCACCGAGGAUCGCCUCCGGGGCCAGGGGGAAUGCGGCCAAGGCCUUGCUGGAGAACUUCGGGUUCGAGCUGGUCAUCCAGUACAACGAGAACCGGCAGAAGGUGCAGAAGAAGGGCCGGGGCGGGGACGGGGACAGCUCGGACAAGCUGGAAUGCGGGACGUGUGGGAAACUCUUCUCCAAUGUCCUCAUUUUGAAGAGCCACCAGGAGCACGUGCACGGGCAGUUUUUCCCCUACGGAGCCCUCGAAAGAUUCGCUCGCCAGUACCGGGAGGCCUACGACAAGCUUUACCCGAUUUCACCACCUUCGCCAGAGACGCCGCCUCCGCCGCCGCCUCCUCCCCCGCUGCCCCCGGCACCCCCUCAGCCUGCCCUGGGGCCAGUGAAGAUGCCCAGCUCCGUGUCUGCUCCCCUGCAGGCUCCACCCCCCACGCCGCCCCCACCCCCGCCACCCCCCUUGCCCCCGCCGCCUCCCCCGCCGCCGCCUCCGUCGGCGCCCCCGCAGGUCCAGCUGCCCGUGUCCCUGGACCUGCCUCUCUUCCCCUCCAUCAUGAUGCAGCCCGUGCAGCACCCGGCGCUGCCCCCGCAGCUGGCCCUGCAGCUGCCCCAGAUGGACGCGCUGUCCGCCGACCUCACCCAGCUGUGCCAGCAGCAGCUCGGGCUCGACCCCAACUUCCUGCGGCACUCGCAGUUCAAGCGCCCGCGGACCAGGAUCACGGACGACCAGCUCAAGAUCCUGAGGGCUUACUUCGACAUCAACAACUCCCCGAGCGAGGAGCAGAUCCAGGAGAUGGCGGAGAAGUCGGGCCUCUCGCAGAAGGUGAUCAAGCACUGGUUCCGCAACACGCUCUUCAAGGAGCGGCAGAGGAACAAGGACUCGCCCUACAACUUCAGCAACCCGCCCAUCACGGUGCUGGAGGACCUCCGCCUGGACCCGCAGCCCGCCUCCCUGGAGCACUACAAGGCCGACGCCGCUUUCAGCAAGAGGUCGUCCCGCACCAGGUUCACCGACUACCAGCUGCGGGUCCUGCAAGACUUUUUUGACACCAACGCUUACCCCAAAGACGACGAGAUCGAGCAGCUCUCCACUGUCCUCAACCUCCCCACCCGGGUCAUCGUGGUGUGGUUCCAGAACGCGCGGCAGAAGGCCCGGAAGAGCUACGAGAACCAGGCCGAGGCCAAGGACAGCGAGAAGCGCGAGCUGACGAACGAGCGCUACAUCCGCACCAGCAACAUGCAGUACCAGUGCAAGAAGUGCUCCGUGGUGUUCCCCCGCAUCUUCGACCUGAUCACGCACCAGAAGAAGCAGUGCUACAAGGACGAGGACGACGACGCGCAGGACGAGAGCCAGACCGAGGACUCCAUGGACGCCACGGACCAGGUGGUGUACAAGCACUGCUCGGCCUCCGGCCAGGCGGACGCGGCCAAAAACGCCCCGGCCCCGGCGGCCAGUUCCGGCUCGGGGGCGAGCACCCCUCUGAUUCCGUCCCCCAAACCUGAGCCCGAGAAGGCCUCCCCAAACCUGACUUAUCCCAGAAAGCCAAAGCAGAGCGACCCCGCCCCCCCUAUGAUCUUCGACCCCAACAGCCCCCUGAUCACUGGGCAGCUGCUGAGCGGCUCCCUGGCGCAGAUGGCCCCCCAGACGGGGGCCUCCCACCCCGCGGCCCCCGCCACCGUGGCCGCGUCCCUGAAGCGGAAGCUGGAGGACAAGGAGGACCAGAACUGCAGCGAGAAGGAGGGCGGGCCCAGCGGCGAGGACCAGCACCGCCGAACAAGCCGCCUGCGGACCAUCAUCACCCCCGAAGCAGCUGGAGGAUCCUCUACGAGAAAGUACCUGCUGGACUCCAACCACCGCAAAAUGCUGGACCACAUCGCGCGGGAGGUGGGGCUGAAGAAGCGCGUGGUGCAGGUCUGGUUCCAGAACACGCGCGCCCGGGAGCGGAAAGCCCAGUUCCGGGCCGUCGGGCCGGCCCAGUCGCACAAGCGGUGCCCCUUCUGCCGCGCCCUGUUCAAGGCCAAGUCGGCCCUGGAGAGCCACAUCCGCUCUCGGCACUGGAACGAGGGGAAGCAGGCGGGGUACAGCCUCCCCCCCAGCCCUCUGAUAGCGGCGGAGGAGGGGGGGGAGAGCCCCCAGAAAUACAUCUACUUUGACUACCCGUCGUUGCCGCUCACUAAAAUCGACCUCUCGAGCGAGAAUGAGUUGGCUUCGACCGUGUCCACGCCCGUGAGCAAGACGGCCGAGCUGUCCCCCAAGAACCUGCUCAGCCCUUCUUCCUUCAAAGCGGAGGGCCCCGAGGACGGGGAGAACCUGGGCGCCCCUCCCGCCGAGGCCGGGUACGACCAGAGCAAAACCGAUUUCGAUGAGACAUCGUCCAUCAACACGGCCAUCAGCGACGCCACCACGGGCGACGAGGGCAACGCCGAGGUGGAAGCCACCCUGGGGGGUUCUGGAGACGGGAAGCCGGCUCUGUCGCCGAAAGAGCCCAAAACUCUUGACGCUUUGCCAAAAACAGCGACCACACCCACCGCAGAGGUCUGCGAGGAGAAAUUCCUCUUUUCCCUCACCAGCCCCUCCAUGCAUUUCAACGACAAGGACGGUGACCAUGACCAAAGCUUUUAUAUCACGGAUGACCCCGAUGACAACGCCGACCGCAGUGAGACGUCCAGCAUCGCCGACCCGAGCUCCCCAAAUCCUUUUGGGUCCAGCAACCCUUUCAAAUCCAAAAAUAACGACCGCCCGGGGCACAAGCGUUUCCGGACUCAGAUGAGCAACCUGCAGCUCAAGGUCCUCAAGGCGUGCUUCGGGGACUACCGCACGCCCACCAUGCAGGAGUGCGAGAUGCUGGGCAACGAGAUCGGCCUGCCCAAGCGCGUGGUCCAGGUGUGGUUCCAGAACGCACGGGCCAAGGAGAAGAAAUUCAAAAUCAACAUCGGGAAGCCGUUCAUGAUCAAUCAGAGCGGGGCCGAAGGCACCAAGCCAGAGUGCACACUGUGCGCGGUGAAGUAUUCCGCCCGCUUGUCCAUCAGAGAUCACAUCUUCUCCAAACAGCACAUCGCGAAAGUGAGGGAGACCGUGGGGAGCCAGCUGGACCGGGAGAAGGAUUACUUGGCUCCAACCACCGUUCGGCAGCUGAUGGCGCAGCAGGAACUGGACCGGAUCAAGAAAGCGUCAGAUGUGCUGGGCUUGGCGGUGCAGCAGCCCAGCAUGGUGGACAGCGGCCCCCUCCACGGCAUCGGCCUCCCGGCUGCCUACCCGGGACUCCCUGGGCUUCCUCCGGUCCUUCUCCCCGGAAUGAACGGUCCAUCCUCCUUGCCCGGGUUCCCACAGAAUUCAAACACUUUAACGCCUCCCGGUGCAGGCAUGCUUGGGUUUCCCACUUCAGCAACUUCGUCUCCUGCCCUGUCUCUCAGCAGUGCCCCCACCAAACCUUUGCUGCAGACUUUACCACCUCCACCACCUCCUCCUCCUCCAUCCUCUCUGUCAGCACAGCAGACCGAGCCGCAGAACAAAGAAUCGGAGAAAAAGCAAAGUAAGCCAAACAAGGUCAAAAAAAUCAAAGAGGAGGAAUUAGAGGCCACCAAACCUGAAAAACACCCCAAAAAAGAGGAAAAAAUCUCAUCUGCUCUUUCCGUGUUGGGCAAAGUCGUAGGCGAGACGCACGUGGAUCCGACUCAGUUGCAGGCCUUGCAGAACGCGAUUGCUGGCGACCCCGCUUCCUUCCUGGGCGGGCAGUUCCUGCCCUACUUCAUCCCCGGGUUUGCCUCCUAUUUCACGCCGCAGCUCCCCGGGGCUGUGCAAGGAGCCUACCUCCCGCCCGUCUGCGGCAUGGAGAGCCUCUUCCCCUACGGGCCCGCGGUGCCGCAGGGCCUGGCC